AUGCCGCUUCCUUUGGUCUCUGACCUCCCUUUGAAGAUCGCCCUACCCGCCGCAGCCGCAGCCGCAGCCUACCUGAAUGCACGAUGGGCGCUCUCCCACGACAUUGGCCUCAUCACCUCAGGGUUAAAGAUGGCCCUUAAGGCGCGCGUCGCCGAGCGUGGUGACCGUUUGAACCUCUUCUAUAACCUCGAGGCCCAAGCGCUUUCUCCCACGACCGCAGAUAAUGACUUUAUCGUGUACAACGGCCGCACCUGGUCCUUCCGGGAGACCUACCUGAUGGCCCUGCGCUACGGAGCCUGGUUCAAGAAUGUCCGCGGCGUUCGUCAAAAAGAUAUCGUCGCCAUCGACUUUAUGAACUCCUCGACCUUCAUCUUUAUGACCUUGGGUCUAUGGAGCAUCGGCGCGAUUCCCGCUUUCAUCAAUUACAACUUGUCCGGCAAGCCCUUGACCCACUCGGUUCGGACCUCGAGUGCCAAGCUCCUGAUUGUCGACGAGGAAGUCCGCAACUGCUUCCCGCCAGAACAGCUGAAAACAUUUGCUUCAGAGAGCUUCCGUGAUGGGAAAGGCCCGGUCGAAGUCGUCUUCCAUACACCUGAAAUCGAAGCCGAGGUUCUAGAAAUGGAGCCUGCGCGCGAAGAGGACAAGGUCCGUGGCGGGCAGGCUGCCCGCGACAUGGCUUUAUUGAUCUAUACAAGUGGUACCACAGGCCUUCCCAAGCCGGCUAUUGUCUGCUGGAAAAAGUGCUGGGCUGCCUCCUUAUUCGUAGGCGAUUGGAUGAAAGUCGGCCCCUCGGAUCGCUUCUUCACGUGUAUGCCCUUGUAUCAUUCCUCCGCUUAUAUUAUGGGCUUCGUCACUUGCUUGUUUAACGGGGCGACCCUUGUGAUUGGCCGCAAGUUCUCCGCGCGUACCUUCAUGAAGGAAGCUCGCGAGAACGACGCAACAAUCAUCCAGUACGUGGGCGAGACCCUUCGUUACAUCAUGGCUGUACCUCCCGAGAUCGACGCGACCACUGGAGAAGACUUGGACAAGAAGCAUAACAUUCGAGAACGCUUCAACAUCCCCACCAUUUGCGAGUUCUACGCAGCUACGGAGGGCACAUCCGGUUCUUGGAACCAAUCUUCCAACGACUUUUCAGCCGGUGCGAUCGGGCGUAACGGUGUACUGGGUAACUUCAUUCUUGGCCGUGGAUCAGCUAUUGUGGACGUCGACCACGAGACCCAGGAGCCGUGGCGUGAUCCGAAGACAGGUCUAUGCAAGAAGGUGCCUCGAGGUGAUCCCGGCGAGCUACUCUUCGUCAUCGAUGCGAACGAUCCCAAAGCCAACUUCCAAGGAUAUUUCCAGAACAACCAGGCGACAGAGAGCAAGAUUGUGCGCGAUGUGCUGAAAAAGGGCGACGCUUAUUUCCGCACUGGCGACAUGGUGCGCUGGGAUAGAGAUGGUCGUUGGUUCUUCUCCGACCGACUCGGCGACACCUACCGCUGGAAGAGCGAGAAUGUGUCUACAAACGAGGUUGGGGAGGUUCUCGGCUCACACGCAGAGGUUCAUGAAGCUAACGUAUACGGAGUGGUUCUGCCUAACCACGACGGUCGUGCUGGGUGUGCCGCCAUUGUCUUCAACCAGCAGGUGGCCAGCGGUACCUCUGGUCCUGCAUUGGAGCCAUCUCGAGCCACCUUGGACAGCUUGGCGGCUCACACCCUUCAGAAUUUGCCGCGGUUUGCGGCGCCUCUUUUUCCUUCGCGUCACAACUGA